AUGGCUAUAAGGCAUUUCGUCAAACGAGCCUUGAGUGGGCAAUCCGCUCGAUUUUUCUCUACACCAAAACCAGAAAAGGCAGGAAAGACAGGCUUCAUCUCUCAAGUUAUUGGCGCAGUUGUGGAUGUGCAUUUUGACAAUGAAUUGCCACCAAUUCUGAAUGCAUUAGAAGUUCAAGGUCACGAUCAUAGAUUAGUCCUAGAAGUCGCCCAGCAUUUAGGAGAUCACAAUGUUCGUUGCAUUGCUUUAGACAGCACUGAUGGUUUAGUCAGAGGCCAGCCAGUUUUGGAUACAAAUGGCCCAAUUAUGGUUCCAGUUGGCCCAGAAACCUUAGGAAGAAUUAUUAAUGUUAUUGGAGAGCCUAUUGAUGAAAGAGGCCCAAUCAAUGCUAAAAAAUACAUGCCAAUCCACAGAGAAGCCCCAACUUUCACUGAGCAAGGCUCUGGAGCUGAACUUUUGGUCACAGGUAUUAAAGUCGUCGAUUUGUUAGCACCUUAUGCUAGCUCACCCUCCUAAGCAAGCAAAAAAUAUAAAAUUUAAAAAAUCUUACCACAAAAAUUGCAAAGUAAAAUAAUAUAAUUUGUAAAAUUUAUGUUAUAGAGUGCAAGCUGUUUAAAAUGAACAGAAUUAGCUCAUUACUUAUUGUUAAUUUUUUUUUUAAUUCUUUUUCGCUCACAGCGGGAUGAUUUUACCAAAACUACUCAAUACGGGGAGAGUAAGGGAGGUAAAGUUGGACUUUUUGGAGGUGCAGGAGUCGGAAAAACCGUGCUUAUUAUGGAACUCAUCAACAACGUUGCCAAAGCUCACGGUGGCUAUUCAGUCUUUGCAGGAGUCGGUGAAAGAACUCGUGAAGGAAAUGACUUAUAUAUGGAAAUGAUUGAGUCUGGAGUCAUUAGACUAAAAGAUGCAGGCAGCAAGGCAGCUUUGGUCUAUGGACAAAUGAACGAGCCUCCUGGUGCAAGAGCUAGAGUUGGGCUAACUGGGCUUACAGUUGCCGAAUAUUUCAGAGAUGAAGAAAGACAAGACGUGCUGCUAUUUAUUGACAACAUUUUCAGAUUCACACAGGCUUGCUCAGAGGUGUCCGCACUUCUAGGGCGUAUUCCUUCUGCUGUCGGCUACCAGCCUACCUUGGCAACCGAUUUGGGUGUUUUACAAGAGCGUAUCACUACAACUCAACACGGCUCAAUUACUUCAGUCCAAGCUGUCUACGUUCCUGCUGAUGAUCUUACCGAUCCAGCCCCAGCUACCACUUUUGCUCACUUGGACGCCACAACUGUGCUAUCUCGUGCCUUAACUGAGCUAGGUAUUUAUCCAGCUGUGGAUCCUCUAGAUUCCACAUCCAGAAUGAUGGACCCUUCAAUUGUAGGAGAUAGGCAUUAUGAAGUUGCCAGAGGUGUACAAAAACUAUUGCAGGAUUACAAGUCAUUGCAAGAUAUCAUUGCUAUUUUGGGUAUGGAUGAGCUGUCAGAAGAUGAUAAACUAGUCGUCGCAAGAGCCAGAAAAGUCCAGAAAUUCCUGUCACAGCCAUUCCAUGUCGCUGAAGUCUUCUCAGGAAAGCCAGGAAAGUUUGUGUCAUUGGAAGAAACUAUUACUGGAUUUGGGGCUUUGUUGGAAGGACAGGGAGAUGAGUAUGCAGAAUCUGCAUUCUAUAUGGUCGGAAACCUCAAUGAAGCUAUUGAAGCAGGCAAAAAACUUGCCACAGAGUUUGCAGCUAAAUAG